CACUCGCUUUCUUUCGAUUUAAAGGGAAAGCACCGCUUGUGUCACAGUGAGUACGUUCAUUAAAAGCAGAUGCACUGUGUGAAGCACUGUAGCUCACCUGCAGUUGUUAGCCUAGGUACGCAAGGAUACACACUAUCUGCACUAAACUUGUAGUAACUCUUCUUCAAAAACAAAUUUGCAUUCCGAGUCAAUGAAUUUUGUCGCUCGGCCUGAAAUACACCAGUGACACAAAAGGAAACAGAGUGAUGAUUUGAUCGCUGCCCAUUUGAUUUCAUGGGGAUGGGAAUAGCGCACUAUUGGCCACUUUGGAUGGACCGAUCCCACUAAACUGUCACUGAACGUCGAGAAGUUGUCUUCACGCGCACACACCUGAAACUUCUUCAGAUCCUGAGCGCCUCGCCCACAGUUGAUGCCGAGGAUCAUGACCAUGAACGGUGACCACCAGUCGGUUGCCACAGCGCCGCUGGAUCUGCGCACCACUAACCGAGAGCGUGGGAGCGCCGGGUCAAGGAUCCCGGACUGCAAAGGUCGUGUCAGGGACGCUCGGGUAACAGGCGGCUCACCUGCACCCCCUGCGUGCACAGGAACGGAUAGUUUGGAAAUACGCUGCCCCUCGGUCAGAGGCACACCGGGCUCAGAAUCCGGCGCUGCUCGCAAACGACCAGCGGACAAAUCUUCCUUAAGGCUUCCUUUUAGGAAACGCCCGAUUCUUGUCGAGCCGGAGACCCAAACGCAGUCACCGGCGCCACCAGAAAGUGUAGACCGCUUUUCCCCUGCGGUAGAUACGGACAUCACAAUUCGGGAAAGUUUUGCCGGUAGAUUGGGACAAGCCACAGACGAAAGCAGGGUCGUUGCAGCACAGGUGACUCCCAGGCAGGUUGAAGAGGCAGGACAGAGCCAAGAUGGAUAUCCUAUAAGCUUCAUGUACCCAUUUGAUUACGGUUCCUGCCGACUGUACUGUGUGGCUGCUGCCCCAGAGCCAAACCCUCUGGCCCACCCUGGACACCUGCUGUCUGGUGUCGCUCUGGCUACACGUCAAGAUGAAGAUGGAGACACGUAUGUUGAUGUAUUUAAAAUGGCUUACAGUGGAAGAUAGUCUGCCACUUCCUUU